UGUCAUUGGAUUUUCCUAUAAAUAAUCACCUUUCAUUACAUAUGUAUUGCGUGUUUAGUGUGUCAGAGCGUAUGCGAGACAAUUUAACGUUGUCUUACGUGGAAAUGUCAUUUUUUAGAAAUACCUGAGCGCAAUCAACAGAAUGACAAGUUCGAUCGCAGAGUCGAAAGAGUCACUGUCCGCGAACAAUAAAGGAUACUUGGCUCCAAGGAUGUCGAUAUCCUACGAGGAGAUGGCCACGAAGCUUCUCAACGAGAAGCUUCUCUUGACAGCUCUGGAAUUGCACGCUGAAUUAUGCGAAGCUGGCAAGGAGCUGCCUAUUCUUAGAGAGUUCUUUUCAAAUCCAAACAAUUUCGAGAACUCCAACAUCAAACCAGAACCAUAUACCCCGAUGCCCAGAUCUUCUAGUCAGGCGACUUUGGAUUCUCUGGACAUGACGCGAUAUUCGGAGGAUGGAGCUGGCGUUGAUGAAAGAGUUGCUAUUCUGGAAUUUGAGUUACGCAAGGCCAGAGAAAAUAUUUCUGCGCUGCGUGCUAAUCUAACUGUAGUAACAGAAUUGGAAGGUACACUGAAGACACCGGACAAGAGCUCUGAAAAGAAUCCCACCAUCGGACUGCCCAUAAAGCCACAUGAACAGCGAGCACUGAAUUUUCUCAUCAAUGAAUAUUUGCUGGCGAGAUCUUACAAGCUUACUUCGAUUACUUACAGUGACGAGUGUGAAGAUCAAGACUUUGAGGAUUGGCAAGAUGUUGGAUUAGAUAUACCAAAACCUGCAGAAUUAUUACAGAUAUAUCGGGAGUUUAUGAGAGCCAAUGGAUAUGACAAACCCUCGUCUGUCAGUGUUGCCAUACAAACGGACUUUGUUUUCGAAGAAGUGGAAGCGCAAAAGGAUGAAUCUCAGGAAAUGGUAGAACAGAUUGAAAGGUUACAGCAACAAAUUACAGUGUUGGAACAAGAGAAAACUGCUCUCCAAGACAUUAUUUCAUCACACAAGGAAAAUGUUAUAGAAAAUCCAGUCAAAUCAGGUAGUUGUGGAACUAUCCGUACCAUCAAUUCCAGCUCGACAACUCCUGACAAGUUUGAACUGCUUGAAUCAUUACCAAGGGACAUGUCAAUCACCACUCAGGAACCGGAAGAAGAUGAUAGCGCUUCUGCAGUAGUUAGCCUAGACGAGACAGAUCCAGGAGACAAAGAGUGGACUAGGCUGCAAUUACCUAGAGUAAAUGUUACGGAGAAAUCCUCCGUCUUACCAGCCGCAUCCUCCAGGGAUUUGCCGACAAAGUUCAAAGUAGAAAUAGCAACGCAUUGCUUGGCGAACGUUUCGGGAUCAACAAUAUCUUCGAUGGAGGAGUCAUUGAAACGCGGAGUCACGCGAGAUACAUUAGUCGAGAUUUUGACGUAUAUUUUGCCACGUGUAGUACCCAACAUCAUCCUUAACAAGCGCGAAGAGAUUAUUCCUUUGAUUCUCAGUGCGAUUCAUCUGCAUUCCAAUUCCAGCGAGAGAGAGAAAUUGCUACAGCUGUUGUUCAAUUUGAAAAAGAGGCCGCAGGAGGACGAGCGGCAAAUGAUAUUGGCUGGUUUAGUCGUAAUGGCAAAACUUGCGGAAGAGCCAUUGGAAGGUGAAGAAAUCCUAACAAUCUGUUGGGAGCAGAGCCAACACAAGUAUCCAGAGAGAAGACUAUUAGCUGUUGAAUGUUGCUCUGUGCUGGCAUCCUAUACAUCGGCUUCCAUCAGGAACUCGCUGAUGCUAUCGAUGCUGCAACAGAUGUUAUUGGAAGAUAAGGAUCCUGUUGUUCGAACUAGUGUUGUGAGAAGUCUAGCACUGCUUAUAGCUUUAAUGGAUGAUCCUGACAAAUAUUUCCAGUGCGAGGAACUGGCGUUAACUGCACUUAAUGACACUUCGUCGACGGUCGUCGAAACGGCAUCCUCAGUAUUGUUACCAGUUCUGGCACAAUGGGCGUUAUCUUUGAAGAGGCUGCAUCUGAAUUUGCUGCCGCGCGUAAUCUCGAAAGUGAAGAAUCAGUUGAAGCCGACGCAUUCCCACACUUCGCCGAACAAGGACUACGUCGACGAGGAGAAAUUGGUGCCGUCGAUCGCUAUCCUACAAUAUAUUCUGCCCUAUACAGUUUUAUGCGUCGCCGAUUCCGACGAGGUACGAGCCUGCGUCGAGGACGGAACGUCGCCGGAUUUGUCCGAGGAAUUUCUGGACUUGUGUCACUCCAAUAUCAUCGAUCCGAGGAUAUUCUACGAGGGUCCGGUAGACAUCGGCGUUCUUCUCAAUACUUUCUUCUCCAGAUCCUGGGAGGAUGCAUCCUGGCCAGAAUUAGAAUGGUUUACGAAAAAACUAGUGUUUGAUGUCUUGGAAAUGGUGAAGUGUGCGGAUGCAGCGCAUGAAAACGUUUUGAAGGCACUUCUUAUGUACAUUCACUCAUUAUGCGUGGGCUUUGGCAAAUAUAUCACACGAUCCAGGAUACAGACAGUAUUUUCCCCGGAAGUAACAGAACUCGAGAAACAAUUGACAACACUAUCGACAGACAGGAAGAAUAUGAGCUUCAUGUUGAUCCCUAGCUACUUGGUGAUCCUUAGCACUCUCGAUCCCACAGAGCUCGCAAACUAUUUUAAACAAUUCCUCGUGGUGCUCUCCAUGAGCGGCACAAGCAUAUCCUGGCUGCAAAUCGCCGCGAGCAUUUUAUGUACUCGCGAGCAAAUACAAGAAUACGUGCUUGCUAGUUUAUGGGAUGGUGUGGUACAUCAGAGGUCGACCGUAAGAUGCGCAACGGCGACGUUAUUCGGUUCCGCUAUCGCCCACGUCUCGGAUCGACUGGCAAACACUAAAAUCGUGCCGGCCAUCGUAACGCUCGCCAGCGACCCUGAAGUUGACGUACGGUGCGCCGCGAUCUCCUCGUUGGGUCGUAUAAUAACGGAGUGCAGGGUGAGGGAAGCCCGUGAUAAAGCACGUCUGACGUUGGAAACGAUCGCGAAAGAUCCUCAAGGACUCUCGCAAACUCUGGCGACCUCAUUAGUCACCACGUUCGCGUCCGUCGCUCCCACUUGUCCGCAAAAUUACAUAGAAAUCAUAAUAGCCACGCAGUUGUCGACGAUUGCUUCGUUUGCGCUUCAACACAGCCGCAAGAUCGAGCUGGUAAACGCGCUGGUGGAAGCCUAUUCGGUCCUGGUCUACUGUCCCUUAAGUAGCCAAUGCGUUUCUGAAACGGUGCUGCCGGGUCUGAGGCACCUCGAGACGCUGGUGAAUCAGUGUCUGCCUCAGCAAAAGGACGCGGUACGCUCGUUGCUCAGGGAAGCGGAAUCCAAGCAAGACUUGAUGAAGCCGAUGGAGAGGACACUCUCGACGAGUUCCGGGCUCUCCCUAUCUAUGGCGACGGUGAAUGUAGGCCAGGGUGUCGAGGAUAUGAGGCAAAGGAUGAGCAAGAUCUUUCAACAGAAAACCGUAUCGCCUAGCAUGCCGAGUAUUUUCCGCAAGAAAUAAACCUCCGAAUCUCACGUACAAUUGUGAACAAAAAAAAAUCGAGUAUUAAAUUUUUGAUCCGCGAGUGUGUUUCGUCAAACGUUUUUACGUAAUUCGAAAUCACGCAAUUCAAGGUUGUUGUUAGAGAGAUAAUUGUAUAAUAUUGUUUUAAUAAAUAUUAACUUAUUUUUUUA